AUGGCUGCGUUACCAAAAACAAUGCGUUCACUCGUGGCGCCAAAAUAUAGCUGGCCGACCGGCUGGGAAGUCGCCAAUAUGCCUGUUCCAAUGGUCAAGAAUCCUAAGGACAUAUUAAUCAAAAUACACGCCGCGAGCAUAUCGACAGGUGAUACGCAGCUCGCGAGGGGAGCAGCUAGGUAUAUAGUCGGGGAAUUGAAAAUGCCGCAUAAGAUCGGAAUCGAAGCCGCAGGCGUCGUCGUCAAGGUCGGGUCAGGGGUGACAUUAUUCAAGCCCGGCGACAAAGUAUACGCAUUUGGACGAUCCCGGCCAAUGGAUGUGACCGUGGACAAGGGGUUCUGCUCUGAGUAUGCAGUGGCUCAGGAGAACCUAACUAUUUCCAAGCCUACCAGCUCUUCCUUCGAAGAUGUCUGCAAUAUCGCUAGCGUUGUUACUGCACUACAAACUAUUGAGAUGGGUCUACGUCUCAUGCGCGAGAACGGCGUUACUGAUGGACUCGAGGGCAAGACCGUAUUUGUACCAGGUGGUUUAAGUGCCACUGGCUCCAUCGCUAUACAGGUGCUAAAGAAUGUAUACGGCGUCGGCAAAAUCAUCACCACCGUGUCUACGGCCAAGGUCCCCCUUGUGGAGCAAUACCUUCCGGGUCUCGUCGACCAGGUCAUCGACUACACGCGCGUGAAGAAUCUGACGGAUGUCAUACCCCCAGGAAGUAUAGACAUGGUGUACAACACGCAAUGGAUCGUGACGAGCACGUUCCCGCUAGCGAAGCCGGAUGUAGGCGUCGUAGCAUCCAUCGCAAGCGUGCCGUCGCCGGGGCUGUUGCGCCUUAUGCUGCCACCGCUGCCAUUUUUUACUUACUGGUUCGUGGGGCUUGUACAGCUAUGGUAUAGAUUUAAAUUGCGUGGUACGAAUGUUAAACACGAGUUUCAUUCUGGCAACCCCAGUGCACGAGAGGACCUCGAGCGCGCCGGCGAGAUCGUGGCUAUGGGUAAAGUCAGGAGUAUUAACCGCGUUUUCGAGCUCGAGGACAUCGAUGCCGUAAGGAGGGAGGCGCAGAAAGUAGCUACGGGAAAGGGUGGAAUUGGAAAGCUGGUUAUUAAGAUUGCAGAAUAG